AUGUGUAAGGACAUUCAAGAUGUCGNAUUCCGUAGCUUGGAAGCUCCUGAAGGAAAAGGACCACGACCAUUAGAAAUAGUACCUGGUGUUGAUAUUCAACCAUUUGUUUCACCAGAUAAAUUCAGAAAACUGGAUCAUGUUGAACCAGUCGAAAGACCGGAAAGAGAGCUAUUGGAACCAAAACGAGCACCACGUGUCAUUGCACCAUUAGUUAAUUGUGACCUAGAAGAACUUAUGCCUGUAUUACUUACAACUACAAUUGAUGCUGGUGUCCCGAUGGCUACAUUCACUUGGUAUAAAAAUAACAAACCACUUCUUGAAGGCAAUCGAUUUACAACUAAAUAUCACAUUCUUACAAAAGUAUUAACAUUACAAGUACUCGCUGCUCGCCCUGAUGAUCAAGGAACCUAUACAGUUCGUGCAACAAAUCCAUCUGGUACUGAUGAAACAACAUGUAAACUAACAAUUCGACCAGUGGCCUCAAUUGAUACACGACCAUUUAUACAACCUGAAACUUUCGCACAAUUAGAGCUCAAACCUCCAGCUCCAACGAAAGAUGAUAUGGAACAUAUGGAAGCACCAAAGGUUGUUGUACCUCUAAAACCUGUACAAGUAAAGGAAGGAUCACCUGUUCUUCUUCAAGCAACUAUAACUGGAAAGCCAAGACCUACUUUUGUUUGGUUGAAGGAUAAUAAACCAUUGGCUGCAUCGAAUCGACUUCGUACACGUUAUGAUAUUCCUACAAAACAAGUUUUAUUACAAAUCGAUGACGUUCGUCCACAUGAUACUGGUGAAUAUUAUGUCAUUGCAACAAAUCCAGCUGGUCAAGAUUCAACAAUAUGUGCAGUAAAUGUUGUACCGGAUAAACCAGGUGUUGAUGACCGGGCUUUUAUUCCACAAGAUAAGUUCCGUAAUUUGGAUGCUCCUGAAGGAAAAGGACGACGACCAUUGGAAAUUAUCCCUGGUGUUGAUCUUCAACCAUUUGUUCCACCAGAGAAGUUCCGUAAAUUGGAUCAUGUUGAACCAGUGGAGAGACCGGAAAAAGAGCCAUUGGAACCAAAACGAGCACCACGUGUCAUUACACCAUUGAGUAAUUGUGAACUGGAAGAACUUUUCCCUGUACUACUUACAACUACAAUUGAUGCUGGUGUCCCAAUGGCUUCAUUCACAUGGUACAAAAAUAAUAAACCACUUCUUGAAGGCAAUCGAUUUACUACUAAGUAUGACAUUCUAACAAAAGUAUUAACAUUACAAGUACUUGCUGCUCGUCCUGAUGAUCAAGGAACCUAUACAGUUCGUGCAACAAAUCCAUCUGGUACUGAUGAAACCACAUGUAAACUAACAAUUCGACCAGUAGCCUCAAUCGAUACACGACCAUUUGUACAACCAGAACGUUUUGCACAAUUGGAACUUAAGCCUCCAGCUCCAACGAAAGAUGAUAUGCAACACAUGGAACCACCGAAAGUAAUUAUACCACUGAAGGGUGUACAGGUUGAUGAGGGAGUACCUGUUCUUCUUCAAGCAACUAUAACUGGAACACCAAGACCCAAGUUUGUUUGGUUGAAAGAUAAUGCACCAUUGGCUGCAUCAAAUCGUCUUCGUACACGUUAUGAUAUUCCUACAAAACAAGUUUUAUUACAAAUUGAUGAUGUUCGACCACUUGAUAUUGGUGAAUACCGUGUCAUUGCAACAAAUCCAGCUGGUGAAGAUUCAACAAUAUGUUCAUUAGGUGUUGUACCAGAUAAAACACGUGUUGAUGAACGACCUUUUGUACCAGCAGAUAAAUUCCGUAGCUUGGAAGCUCCUGAAGGAAAAGGACCACGACCAUUAGAAAUAGUACCUGGUGUUGAUAUUCAACCAUUUGUUUCACCAGAUAAAUUCAGAAAACUGGAUCAUGUUGAACCAUUGGCAAAAGAAAUCGAAGAAGUACCAGAACCAAAACGAGCACCACGUGUCAUUGUACCAUUAGUUAAUUGUGACCUAGAAGAACUCAUGCCUGUGAUACUGACAACUACAAUUGAUGCUGGUGUCCCAAUGGCUACAUUCACAUGGUACAAAAAUAAUAAACCACUUCUUGAAGGCAAUCGAUUUACUACUAAAUAUGACAUUCUUACAAAAGUAUUAACAUUACAAGUACUCGCUGCUCGUCCUGAUGAUCAAGGAACUUAUACAGUUCGUGCAACAAAUCCAUCUGGUAGUGAUGAAACUACAUGUAAACUAACAAUUCGACCAGUAGCCUCAAUUGAUACACGACCAUNGGUUUUGUAG